CUCGAAGCUCACCUCCACCUCGUCAUGCGCCUUGAGAUGUUUCAUUAAGAGAGCACAAAUCCCAUCUCACAUAUCGAAAGCAAACCAAUAACACAUUUUCCCAAUAUCCAUUCACAUCCACCUAUAACUCAAUCAUCAUGGACGCCGCCGCCAGCGCAAUCAACAACUUCCUCUCCGGCUCAGGUCAGUCUACCACAACCAAGACUGAGCAGGAGGUAGCUCCAGCAGUCGAGACUUCGGCAGCUCAGGCUCCCGCAGCUAAGGCUCCAGUCGUUGACUCUGCCACCACAGGCGAGAAGGACACCACUGUCACACAAGAGGUCGCCCCCGCCGUAGAGCACGAGCACGUCAAGCACGAGCACGAGACGAAAGAGCAAACCGUCAUCGACCGCGAGCGUCACCAAGACCACUACCACACCACCAUCCAGCCUCUUGCAGACAAGGAGGUUGAAGCCACCAAGCACGACUCCGAGACCGUUGCCACUGAAGAGCGCAAGAUCAACAAGGAUGACCAGGGCGACAAGGUGAAGGCCAAGGUCGCCGCCGACGCUGCUGGCUUCAAGAACACUCACGACGAGGAGACCCACGAGACAAAGACCAAGGAACCCACCAUCACUGGCGAGUCUGUCCACCACCACCUCCACGAGACCAUCCAGCCCGUCAUCGAGAAGGAGCGCAUCGUGCCCGAGGUCACCCACAAGGUCAAGCCCGUGCACGAGGUCAUCAAGGAGCAGACCAAGGACCACGGCGUCACCACCAACAAGACCAUCUCUGUUGAUGAUUUCCAAGGCCGCUUGGACGGUGAGUCAACAAAGGAGGUCAAGCAUGUCGGCGGACCUGCUGUCACCGGCACAGCCGAGACUGGCAUCACCGAGAAGUAAAUUCUCGAACCUAAUGUCUGUACGAAAUAAUUACCCGGGGGCAUCCCUAAAAUCUUAUGUAUAAUAGUCAUCGUAUUCAUGAACCCAGUC